UUGAGGCCGGGAAACCUGAAGCGAGUAAGGUUUUUAUUCAGCAACUUCCAUAUCCGUGUUGGAGAAGUAGCACAAAAUAUCAAUCUUGGGCGACAAUGCAGCGCUCUAAACUGAAACAGAUCAAUCAAAGCGUAAACGAUGCAUCGGCGACCCACGACAGUUCAAUAAAUGGACAUUUUGAGGGCAAAGCGAAGAUUGCCAAGUGGGCCGUACUAUCUAAAGAUGCAACUGGUGAAACGAGCAGUAGUCAGCCGUCCUCUGUCAUAGAAAGCUGGAAGGAAGCGCGCACUCGAAGUGUAGAAGACAACGAGAUGAGUCUGCCAAGUAUCGCCGCUGCUUAUAGCACGAUCCUCAGGGGACUCGGAGAAGAUCCCGAGAGACAGGGGUUACUAAAAACACCCUGGAGGGCAGCCACGGCCAUGCAGUUCUUCACAAAAGGGUAUCAGGAGCAAAUAAUAGAUGUUCUAAACGAUGCCAUUUUCGAUGAGGACCACGAUGAAAUGGUGAUUGUGAAGGACAUUGACAUGUUCUCCAUGUGCGAACACCAUCUUGUUCCUAUCUUUGGGAGAGUCCACAUAGGUUACCUUCCAAACAAAAGGGUACUUGGUCUGAGCAAACUCGCAAGGAUUGUUGAGAUAUACAGCAGGAGACUGCAAGUUCAGGAGCGAUUGACCAAACAGAUUGCAGUUGCUAUUACGGAGGCUUUACAGCCUGCCGGAGUUGGAGUGGUCGUCGAGGCAACUCACAUGUGCAUGGUGAUGAGAGGCGUGCAGAAGAUGAACAGUAAGACGGUGACCAGCGCGAUGCUGGGGGUGUUCCGUGAGGACCCCAAGACUCGGGAUGAGUUCCUCACCCUGAUCCGCAGUUGAGAAGAGCUGGCAAGAGCUCAGUCCGGCUCCGCCCACCACCCUGCCCACCACACCCACUGCCACACCCCCCUCCCCAGCUCCUCCCAGACCUUUUCACCAAACACAUCACUUACUAGAUCCGAGUCAUAGGUAAAGCAGCGUUUAGCUGAAACACUGCUGCUAUGGAACAUCUGCUCCUGCCAAACCAACACAUCAACCUGUGAGAUAAGGGAGUUACCUCAGCAAAACCAUCUCUCCUAGUCUUUUAACGCGUUUGUGGGAGUGGGGAGGGUGUGUGAAGUAUUGUGUGCAUUUGUGUGCAUGUUCACCAGUUUGUGCAUUGUGAAUCCAGCAGGGUCUUGUGUUGCGCGAUUUGUCACGUGAUAGAUUUUACCGAGGGACCACUGAAGUUUGACUCAUGGGUCUCUGAUGAAAAAAAAAAUCCGGCAUCACCAGCUAUGUUUUUAUUGUAAUAUGAGACCAUGUUUUACUUAUCUGACAAAUAAUCUAUUUUAAGCAUUUGUGAUUAGACUUAUAGCCAUAGCAGUCAAGCCAAAGGAAAUCCAACCAACACUGUUUUAUUCCACAUUAUUAAAUGUGCUGCAUUUGUAAUUUCAACACCACCAGAAUCACAGUGUAAUUUUCAGGCACCAUUCGGAGCAAGCGGAAAAAGCUGAAGUGAUUACAGUGAUGGCACAUUUGAGUAACUGUAAUUCUCAUGUGAAGACUUCACUUUUGUGAAGAUUAAAAAAAAAAAAUAAUUGGCAUCACUGAAAAAUGUAUUCAGGCAGUGCUGAUGUUUUGUCAUGCCAUGUUGUUGUGUCAAGUGCAUAUUGUGUCUAUCGUGACAUCACAGCUCCAACCUCAUGACAAAUGCAUUAAUUUCCGAUCACUGCCCAAAGUAUUUCUUGAUCGGGACAAUUGAAGAACCUCCUGAGUGACAAACACCCUGUUGCAUGCUGUUAGAUUAGUGAUACUCUGGGCCUUGAAAUGUGCUGUAUUAAUGACUAUAGAUGUUUCUGCUCUGAUUUUUUCUGCAUGGAAAAGGGACCAAAGUUCAAAGGUGCAGUUGAAGACUAAAAGUCUCAACUUUGAUAGAAAACAUAUAACUAUGCUGACAAAUGUGUUCUUUGAUAUCGUAACAUUGGUUGAGUGAUCAGUCCAUGUAUUGACAGAAAAUAUUAAAUCCUGCAUUUUUAAGAAAUGUAUUUGUGUGUUCUUUUAGGUGUAAGUAAUAUUUCCAAGUGUGUAAUGUGUUGAAUGAUUUUUGAAUUGGAGAUAGUCUUGGCUUUCAUCAAAAAUGUGGGCUUAAAGAAAACCUCACAAAUUACUGCACCAAUGUGAAGAAAUCCAGAGGAAAUAUAUUUGUUUCUUAAUAGA